AUGCCGCUGCUGAUGUUCAAACGGAAGCAACACGGGCAGUUUGUUCAGGCGAUGUGCCGGCCACGCUGCAGCACGCCGUUUUUCCCACUGGCGGUGUUUUUGCUGCUGUUGGUGUGUUGUGCCGCUGGGUGCCUCGCCGUCGAUUCCGCCCGGAAGCACCGCUGCGGGUUUGACGAGAUGAUGGGGAGGUGGCCGCCGCCGAGUGUGGUGGUGCGUGAUGUGCCGCGCAGAGGACAGGGUGAGAUGCAGGCGUACACCGUCGCCGCACAAGGCGUGGGGAGUGAGUGGGCCCCGAUCCGCAUCAAAGUGUCCGCGAAGGACAUGUACGACUCGUCGAAGCACUGCACCGCAG